UGGUUGUGGACGUGUAUUGACGUUUGAUAUAGUGAGAUUUGAACGCUUCCUGGAUUAACACUGUAAUAGUUCUAUUACAUACUGUACUGUACCUGACCUUUAGGCGAAGUAGCCUAUUAUACCGUGUUAGAAAUAGAACCAAAUCGGACACCGAAUAGGUAGGUGAGAAUAAAAAAACACGCCGUAUUUUGAUACACUUGAACCGUACUUUUUAGUUUUCUUGGUUUCUGUAAGCGUUUCGUUCCCCCCUGUGCAUCCUGUAUUGACAGAACGCCCCGAGCGCACUUUUAAUGAUGAGUAACUGACGCUCGGUCAUCAACGGACAUUCUUCCUGAUGUCACUUCUCAACAUGUCGACCACCUGUUAUAUGGCCGUGAUCUUGUGGCUCACAACUGGUUCAACUCGUUGUCAAACAGCAAUUCCCAAUGUUCACGGAGGGGUAGGUGCAGUUCUGGGGGUGUCCAACGCCAGCGUCCUCCUGCAAGACCCCAGCUCUGAGACACUCUACCUGGGAGCCAGAGGCUCCAUCCUGGCCCUGCACACCUCCAACCUCACCUGGAAACACCCAUCAAUUAAGUGGGAGGCAACAGAAAAGGAGAGGAAGUCCUGUAUGGGUAAAGGCAAGAGAGAGGAUGACUGUUAUAACUACAUCUGUCUGCUGGAGGUUCUGAAGGAUGGAAGGAUCUACGUCUGUGGCUCCUACGCCUACGAUCCCCAGUGUGGUUUCAUAGACCCAGUGACGUUUACCCUGGUGAAGGAAGAAGGUGACAAAGUUGGGAAGGGGAAGUGUCCUUAUGAUCCCAGACAACCUCACACUGCUGUUACUGCAGAUGGAGUGCUGUACACCGCCUCCCCUUCUAACUUCUGGGGCACAGAGUUUGACAUCACCAGGGCAGCAGGUCAACAAGUGCGCAUGGAUCAGUCCAUCAACUGGCUCAGUGAUCCAGAGUUUGUGAGUUCGGCCCUGGUCAGGGAGAGUCCUGGAGACGAUGAUAAAAUCUACUUCUUCUUCACGGAGAACGCUAUAGAGUAUGACCUUUAUACCAAGGUCAGGGUCACACGGGUGGCCAGAGUCUGCAAGGGAGACGUGGGGGGCUCUAAGACCCUGCAGAAGCGCUGGACCAGUUUCCUGAAGGCUCAGCUGGUGUGUCGGGACCGGGACAGUGGCCAGUACUACACCGUCCUGACCCACGCCUACCCCCUGGAACACCGCCUGGGAGACCCCAGCAGCACACACUUCUACACCCUCUUCACCUCCCAGUGGAAAGGAGAGCGCGUGUCAGCAGUGUGUGUGUACAGCCUGGCUGACAUCACCAAGGUGUUUGCGACGGGAGGCUUCAGAGAUAUGAAGAGGAACUGUGUGAACAGUGGGAGCUCUGAGUCUGUACCCGACCCCCGUCCUGGACAGUGUAUCAAUGAUGACCUGAGAGCCCAGGGUUAUAACUCCUCCUUCGACAUGCCCGACCGCGUGCUGCAGUUUGCCAAGGAACAUCCUCUGUUGACGAGCACUGUGGACGCAGCGCCCCUUCUGGUGAGGAGGGGAACCACAUACACCAGGAUCACAGCCACCAACAUCUCCAACAGUGAUGCUGCCCUACUACAUCUGGGAACAGAUCAGGGGGAGUUACACAGUGUGUCUAUCGUUGGUCGUAUUGCUACUCUGCUGCAGGAGAUCCCUCUGACAACCUCAGUAGAGCCCGUCAACAACAUCCUCAUACACCAGGGCCAUGUGGUGGUAGGCUCCCCCUCCUCUCUGUCCCGUGUGCCAGUAGAGGGGUGCAGGGUGUACUCCAGCUGUCAGGUGUGUGCCCGGGCAGCAGGACUAGGUUGUGUGUGGGACGUCAACAAGAGAGCCUGUGUUGCGGACUCUCCAGUGCAGAGGGAGUCAGAGGACCCUUUGAAGGUGUGUGGCACUGGAGAGGGUCGUUGUUCCCCUGUGGUGAAGGAGCUGCGUGUGAAGAAGGGCCUGGUGGUCCUCCUCCCCUGUGACCACCCCCAUCUCUCCCCUCUCCCCUGCGUCUGGGAGCACCCCCAGGGCCGCCACACCCAGCAGCACCACUCCCACCUGGAGGUCACCGUCUCCGGAUCCAGCCUGGGCUUCUACUCCUGCCGCUGCUCAGCCCAGGGUGAUUAUUCCUGGGGUAGCGAACCCUGCCUCACAGCCUCCUACCAGCUCAUCAUGGAGGACCUCAGUGUCAAAGGCAGGGUGGACCCGGGGCUGUGGAGGUCACCGGUAUGGGUGUACAUCUCCUGUGUCCUGCUGGGGGUGCUGGUUGGAGCUUUAGGAGCCACUGUGUUCCUGAAGAGGCUGUGCUGGAGAGCAGCCCAGCAAACCCAAUUAGUGGACAGAAAUGGGAGGGGAGCCAAUCAAGGACAGCAGGGUCGUGGCCCCACCUGCUAUGAGAAUAAGCUGGUUAUGAGUGACACGCCGGUCGGCCAAUCGGGAGAGAGCGUUUUGUGAAGAGAUGUCCAGCAUUGACUUAAUUGAAGGGAGUGUUUUGCCAGAGGAAAAUGAGCUGUUUUACAGCUCAUUUCCUGUAAUUUUGCCUGACUACAUUGCAGACGCCUGCCAGAUCUCACAAUGAUUGGGUAGGUGUUGAACGUAUCAGCUAAGCAGAUUAUAUGUUAUAGCAAUCGGAUGUCCGACUGUGUAGUCGAUGACGUGGCACCGACCAUUGGUUGAUAAAAUGCAACAUCUGCAAGGAAGUGGGCCUGGAACUCGAGCAAGACAUUCAACAUGUCACUAAUGUCACGUGUUACAGGCUUUGUUAUUUUUUGUCAUUAUCGACAAUAUGGCAAUUCAAGUCACUUUUGGUUGUUUUUGUGCUCUCUAGUUCGUAGACAAUCUCACAUUCACUCUUAUGAUCUUUGUCCUUAUCUUCCAAUACUUUAUUCUUGGUCACCUCAGCCAUUUUGAAAACCUCAUAUGGUGAAAUCAACACCUCUUCUUCAUUGUUCAAUUGAGAUAAACCUGCCAGGGACGCACCAAAACAGGUAGUGAUCUUAAAACAUGUCUUCCAAUCUGCAAACAUUUUAGCCACAUGCUCGUAGGUAGAUGAUGAAGCAAACUGGCCAAAUCGCAUUGUCAUCUUUUUUUCCUUCGUAAGCUAACCAGGAAGGUUUCUACACACUGUUUUCCUGGGUCUUUAAUAAGAAUACGUAAGGCAUCUGACAACAGGAAAUGCAAGGAGUGAUGCUUAUAAACUGUCUUGUAGCUCUUCCCUAGGGUAGUGGCCUCAUUGAAUGUUCUCGAAAAUCAUCUCUGUUGGAUUCACAUACAUUUCAAUGUUAUGUUUAUGGUUGUCAUAAAAAUCCAUAGCUUCCCACCAAGCGCAUUGACAUUUUCUGUACUUUUUUUCUCCUUUGGUAGGAAGUUGUUUGUCACCUCACAGAGCAUAUUCUCCCUGCAGCCCUCAUAGGAGUCAUCGAUAGAGUCAUGGGCCAUGUCAAGGGGUGUUGGGUUGGGAUUGCGACGAUUCAGUCAGGGAUGAAUCUUCAGAAUAGGGAAGAGAUAAUGAUAACACUUUAAUUACAGUGGUGAAAUGUAUUAUUCAUAAAGCAUUCAUAAAGCCUUUAUAUGCAUGACAUUGUCAUAAAUCCCUAUUAUCAUACACUCUUUAUAAGCCUACAUAGUUUUAUGUAGUCUUAUGCAGUAAUGACAUAAACAUUAUAACACCCACUCCACAUGAACUGUUAUAAGCAAGCUACAUUGUCUCUGCCAAAUGUCUCUGUUACACAUAUAUUUAUGUUAUGAAGCCUUUAUGUGUACACAAAUUUAUACAUGUAUUGGGUACAAUCAGUGAAGACACAUUAGCGUUUACAAGCACUAGUAACUGAUUCAUAAAUUAUUUUCCACCACGAUUGGUAAAGUGGCACGCUCUUUGGAUGUUAAAACACAUUCAUAGGAAUUUAAACUUAUUCAUGAAUACUUUACUGUGACUUACUGAAAAAUGAUUACAUUUUAUUGUGACAUUUUGGCCUUACUCAGUCCUCCUUUAAAGACUACUGUCACGUCCUGGCCAGUAUAAGGGUUAAUUGGUAUUGUAGUUUGGUCAGGACGUGGCAGAGGGUAUUUGUUUUAUGUGGUUCAGAGUGGUGUUUUUGGUAAAAGGGUGUUUGAUUUAGUAUUUCCGGGUUUUUGGUUUAUGAUCUAUGUUUAGGUAAUUCUAUGUCUAGUCUAGGUAGUCUGUGUUUCUAUG